CUUCAGCAUGGGCGGUGCCGCGGGGCGGGAAGCGGCAGCGGCGAUGGCGAUGGCGGGGCGGACGUGCAGGCGGCUGCUGCUGCUCUUCGGCUGCUGGUCCUUGGUAGCAGGCCAGGUGACACAGAGAGAAGUGCCGGAGAAUGACCCGGUUGACCUGUCUUGUGAUGCAUAUUUGGCGCAGCAGGGAAAUCCCCGGAUCGAGUGGAAAUUUGAGAAGGGCGAGACUGUGACGCUGCUCUACAGGGACUCUCAGUUCACAGAACCGUACAAAGGCUGUGUACAGUUCACACCCUCAUCGAUCCACUUCAGUUCGGUGACCCGGAAGGACACUGGAAAGUACAUCUGUGAGGUCCUGGGGGAGAGCGGCCAGCUCUCCAGGUCGGAGGUCAACCUCGUCGUCCAAGUGGCCCCCUCCAAGCCUGUGGCUUCCGUACCCGCCUCAGUGACCAUCGGCAACAAGGCUGAGCUGACGUGCAAGGAGUCGGAUGGCUCCCCGCCCCCCACCUUCCUGUGGUACAGGAACAACAUCCAGAUGCCCGUGAACCCCAACACAAGCGAAGCCUUCAAGAACUCCUCCUACGAGCUCAACCCCAAGACAGGGCAGCUGACGUUUGAUCCUGUGACUGGCUUUGACACGGGGGAUUACUACUGCGAGGCACAGAACAAUGUUGGGACCCCUCAGAAAUCGGACACCUAUCACUUGGAAGCUAGUAACAACAUCUCCUACGAAGACAUGAAGGCGCUGGUUGCUAGCGGGGGAGCUCGCAUCUUUGACGUGCGCUCUCCAGAGGAGGUGGCCAACGGGCACAUCGCCAACUCCAUUAAUAUCCCAGUGACAGAAAUUGAAGAAGCCCUGAAGAUGGAUCCUGAGACAUUUAAGAUGAAGUAUGCUGUGGACAAGCCCCAAGUGGAUGAGAAGAACUUCAUCUUCCUCUGCAAGGCGGGCCGGAGGUCGGCUUUCGCUGUAGAGAUCGCCAAGACCCUCGGCUAUACCAAUUCGGAGCCCGUGAAGAAGUGGGAAUUGUGGAGUUCUGGAUGGAGAUCCUACCCCCGCCCCGACCCGCCGGCCCCUAGCGGUGCGGCCAAGCGGGCCGUGCUCGUUUAAGCAGGGCGACGUAUCCUCAGAGGCGAGAAGGAUGGCGCCCCGUGAUCCCUGCCCCACCCAAACUGUAAAACCAGCUGCCGGGGAGGGCGGUGGCCUUUUUUGGGGCAGUGCUGCGGGAGUCACGCGGCUUCAUGGCAUAUUGUCACCGCCCUGAUUCCUGCUCAUCUCUCCGCUCCACGGGCCCUAAGGACCCUCCUUGGUUUGUAAGGGUGUCCAUGCCCCAGGACUCAAACUGUCCUGUGCUCGGCAGUGCUGCUAUGUAACGUCUACGGGACAACUGACGGAACAGCCUGAGAGAGUUUUGACUAUUUCUUUCACCGGUUGUGACUCCUCUGACUCUUCUUGCUCUCUUCACUAUGCUUUGACUCUUGGACUAUUUUUUGUUGACUCUUUUGACUGUCUGUUGGGUUUCUGUGACACACUGUAGAUGGAGCCCGUGUCCCGACCCGAUUAUACCGGGUUUUGCUCUGAUCUUAAAGUGCGGGCCAGGGCGAGCCCCUGCGGCUAUUGGUCAAGUUUUUAGUUUGCCCCCAUAAAAUCCUGAAUCUGCUGCCA